AUGGACAGCACCUCCCAGAGCUCCAGCAAGGUCACAGUGGAGUAUCAUGACCCAUCCGGAGUAUUUCCAAUUGUCUCGCGUGAUUUAGCCUCCCGUCUGCCAUUGCGAAACCUCAACUGGCAGUCACCGCCUCGUCCUUUGCGCCAGAUCAGAUCACUCCACCUCGACUUCGUGCCAGACAAGGCCACUCAGAGCAUUCUCAAGCCGCAGCUCUCGCGUGCCGAUUCCAAUGGGCCAGACAGUCUGGACAUUGUUCGUAGUGGCAAAAAUGCAAAGGAGAGGAGACACCAGAUCCCCGGCUUCAAGACCACUCCAUACUUGAAGAUAUACCUUUUGCGCUGCGAUGACAAGGAGGCUUACAAGGAGAAUGAUCGUCACAAGAUCCGCGAAUGGCUGAAGGAGAGUGUUGUUCCAGAGGGAACCCGAGUGGACCAUGAUGCUUGCGAAUGGUUGAUCCUACAUGUGGUUAUACCGGACACGAUCGCUGCCAGUGAGCCGCGAUGGCGGGAAAGCGCGAGUGAUCCUGAUGAGCUGAAGGAGCGCAAAGGAGGGACCAAGUGGCCGGGUCAGAGCAAUCGCACGGUCCUCGACAGACUUCGGGCAGAUUUCAACGAGACAGGAAAGACGGCCAAGGACCGCGUGACGCAGAUUCGGCUGGUCAAGGAACAGAUGCCCGCCGACUUGAUACCGACCCCUGCUGCUGCAACGACGCUGGAAGAGACCGCGCAGGAACGCGAGAAUGCAUGGCAUGACCUCAUCGCAAAGUUCAAGAUACUCAUUUUGGAACCAUUUGAUCGACGGGUGCGCCAAUACGAGGCAGACAUCGCCGAGCAAGAGGCUCGUCGGUCUCUGCCGGGCUUCAAUUUCUGCACAUUCUUCAUCCACAAAGAGGGGUUGGCUAAAGCACUGGAAAGUAUCGGCUUGGUGGAGGAUGCUCUGGCCAUCUACGACGAAUUAUCGCUUGGUCUGGAAACUGUAUGUCGGGAAAUAGCUGAGGGAAAGGCUACCGGCACAGCGACCUCAUUUGCACCCUACACUGACGAUGUGAAGGAUCGCAUCACUGGGGCGCGUACUAAUGGCGAAAACGACUUUACGACGAACGACGCAGCGACGCUUUUCAGCAAGGACUACCGGGAGCGGAUCUUGCGAAGCGACAUUUCUGUUUUUGAUUUCAUGUGCUACCUCUACCACAGGCAGAAGGCCUUGAUCCUGCGGCUAGCCAAUGCAAAAUCAUCGCGUGAUGAGCUAGGUGCGAAUCCUGGGAGAGAUGGUGGAGAGGACCUGGUGCUGACAUCCGAGGUGUGUUGGCGGGCCUCAACGUUCAUUCACAUUGCUGCAAGAGCUCUGAGGCACGACCUCUCAAAUGGCCAGGCUGCAAGCGGGUCUUCUAUCUCGAAGAUUGAAAUUGAACGUAUCGUAAGCUCCUGGACGUGGGCUGUAGCUGGUCAGGUUCUGGAAGAGACAGCUGCGCCGGCGUUUUUGGAUGCAACCAGGCAGGAUUAUCCACAGCCUCGCCCAGCACCUAACGGCAUACCAAAGCGGCUCGAUCUGAGCUCAGGGAUGGGCGCCAACUCACACCCGCAAAGAUCUGCUAGCUUGCCGGGCACGAAGCACGACUCACUAGAGCCCAUGAACCCAAUGAUGCGGCCAAAGACACAGGGCGACCGGCCUCCGUCGCGGUCAGGACUAGGCUCAAACAAGCYAUUCGGAUUACCUGGUCAAGCUGAGCUUGCCACAUAUCGAGCUGAGCUCGUGAUGAUGCGGCGCAAGAUGUUGGAACAGCUCGCGGCGCAUCACCAAUGGUAUGCCGGGUGGUCAGCCGCCAACCGUGGACGAGGCGAGGUGAAGAAUCACGACAAUGCGACCGGUGCUUCCAGCAUUGAUUCAUCGACGAUGGAUGGGCUAGGUCCAACUCUCAAGGUCGCCCUUCACUCUCAAAAGGCGUUUCAAGGCAACUAUGAGGAUUUGACAACCGACGCCAUUCGGCACUAUUUGGCCGCGACUCAAAAGAAGACUGCCGAGCGACUUACAGUAGAUCUCGCGGCGCUAAAGUAUCAACAGCAAGAUAACACCGCCGCUGCAGCUUACUUCCAGCGUAUCGUUGAUCUGUCUUCGCAGGAUAGCUGGGAUACGAUGGAGAUAGAGGUGCUGAGCACUUAUUGCACAUGUUUGAAACAACUUGAGCGCAGGGAAGAUUACAUACGAGUUGCACUGGCGUUGAUCACCAAAAGCGUUGCAAAGCGAAAACAACGCGCAGCUCGUUGGCCUCACCACGAAUCGACUGCCAAGGGGCCAGACCCGAACGCCCUAUGGCUAGACGCAAUCGCAGCGUCGUCGGGCCUGAAAGAGGAAGAUACGCAACCUAUCCGGCGAUUCUUCGAGGACGUGCAUCUCAAUCAAGAGGUCCUUCAUGAGCACGCGGAUGGAUUCAACCUCUCUCUGGACCUCACUCAUGUCUUGGAUGGUGAGAUAGAAUUCGAUGAAGCCCUAGUCCGUCUUGUCGGCGUCGAUGAUCCGACGUUGGUCGUCUCGGUGACAAACACUCAGCCCUUCAAAAUUGCGUCAGGAAGGAACAAGUUGAAACUCCAGGGCACAGUCGUUACAACUGGAGCCUUUCUCGUCGACAAGAUUGAGCUCGGUGCUCAGAAGCUUCGUUUUGUGGAGGAGUUGCGGCCAGAACCCGCACCGACGCCUCUUGGAUUCACCGGAGUCGUGCCAUCUACCGUCACUGUCAUCGCUCCAUCAAAAGUCCCACCUUUUGUCUUUCUGUACCCUUCGGAGCACGGUUUCGUUGCCGAACUCAAAAGAUCGUGCAAUGUCCAUAUCGACAAGCCUAGACAUCUUGAAGUUUUGCUCAAUGCGGGUCGAAACAGCAUCGAGUCACUUGAAGUACGACUCAAGCCCACAUCCGCAGGACUACGUCUCUACGUCGCAGAUGCAACAUUAAGCGGGAUAGAUCGUGCUCCUCUCGCGGAUGGCAAAAUUGGGCAAGUCAAUCUGGGAUCGCUCAGGGCCGCUGAAACGGCUCGGGUGUUGAUACCGUAUACCGUCGAGCACGCUAACAGGGACAUUGCGGUCCGCCUUGAGAUCCAUUACCGGACGGAUGRAGGCGCCUUCGCCUUCCUUCAUUCAGCCGCGCUUUCCAACGAGCUGACUCUGGACGUCGAUGUCAACGAUCUGUUUCACAUCAACACGCUUUACUCAAACUUUACGGUCCGCACAACCACUGCGAUUCCCUUCUCGGUACUGGAUGCCCAGCUCAAGGACUCGCCUGUAUACGCGGUUGAGGCGCCCCCACACUUGCCGGUCCCUUUAGAUGUCUACUCAUCACAGCCCGUGAACUUGGUGUACAAGAUUACACGUAAACCCAUGGCGAAGCAAGAAGUACUGAAACGCGAUGCAGCUCUUGCGCUGGAGGUCACUUACCUCCCCUCCGAUGAGCUGCUCACGCAUUAUCUUCGGAUCGCGUUUUCCGAGGACCUAAAGCACAGCGCAUUCGCUGCGCUGCAUCAUUUGCUCACGCCACUGUUGUUGAGCAGAUUUCGACGUUCCUUGCAAAGUGCGGAUCUGGAAUUGGCCAUGGUUAUUGGUGAGGCCAGACUGCCAUCUUUCGAUGCCAUAGGAUGGGAGGAACUGGUGGGAACGCUCCACAGCGAAGUACGCCAUACGGUUCUGUCUUGGCUACGGGACUGGCACGCGGAUCACACGACGUUGACAAUAGCGGAUGGUGCCUCCGCCGAAGUUCCUGCACAACAUAUAACAAUAUCCGUCGACGUUCCAAACGUGGACGCAGUCUUCAGUGCUUCUUUAAAACUCGCCGACUUGCAACCCGCGGUCGACCCAGGUCGUCCAGUCAUGGCCAAGAUUGGGGAGCCCAUUCAUGCGACCCUGCAUGUUCGCUCUACGAAACAGUGGAGUGCGAAGAGCAUAUUUCCCAAUGUUCCAAGCGUCAGAAUUCACGGAGAUGGGCAAGCUCAAUCCACCUUCGUACUCGACAUUGGAGCAGAUGCAGAUGCAUGGCUAUUGGGUGGUCAGAGGCGCCAUCACUUCAAUCUGCACGACGAUGGUGUGCAGACCAUCAACAUUAUCUUGGUGCCAAUUCGCCUCGGUUGCCAUGCACUUCCGGUGGUUGAAGUUCAGCAGCCUCCCUCAGAUUCAGACGGUGGCGGCCAAGGCACAGAUGCGGUUUCGGUAUCCUGCGAAACACACUAUGAGAGCGCUGGUCAAUUGAUCCAGGUCGUGCGAGAUGCGCGAGCUUCGAGAGUUGAAAUUGCUGAAGCUGCAACAUCUGGUUUGGAGACUGUGUCUAGGCCUGGAACAGCAUCGACGAACCAGGUAGUAUGA